AAGCACGAGCACAUCGUGGAGCUGCUGGGAGUAGCGCAGAACGAGCCCGUGGGCUUCAACUCGCUGGUCAUGGAGUUCUCCUCCAUGGGAUCGCUUGACCGCGUCCUGCAGACGGCCAAGGCAGGUGGGAGCGGAGUGAGCAACGUGGUGCUGGUGGAGGCAGCGAAGCAGGCGUGCGAGGGGAUGCUGCACCUGCAUCAGAACGGCAUCAUCCACUGCAACCUCGCUGCUCACAACCUGAUGGUGAUGAGCUUCCAUGCCAGCGACUACCGGAGCGUGCGCGUCAAGGUCGCCGACUACCUCUCCUCGCUCUUCCUUCCCCGCCGGGGGGAGAGGACGCAGGGGCGCGUGAGCUCGAGGGAGGACGACGUGCGGUGGCAGGCGCCGGAGACGAUCUCGUCGGGGACGCACUCGUCCAAGAGCGACGUGUGGUCGUACGGCAUCGUGCUGUGGCAGAUCUGGUCCAUGGGAUCGCUGCCCUUCCCCCACCUCAAGACGCCGCGAGAGGUGAAGGACCGCGUGCUCCGAGGAGAGGUCCCAGGAAGGCUGCCCAGCUCGACGUGUCCUGACAAGGUGUACUCGACCAUGGAGCUGUGCUGGGGGCAGCAGCCGCACAAGCGAACCUCGUUC